AGAACUUUAUCUGCUGAAAAAAGGAAAGGAAAUAGCAACGAACUUUUCGGUAACUUGAAAAAAAAUUCAAAUAAAACACAUAAUAAAGGACCCGAAAUAGAAAUUGACGAGAACAUUGUGAUCCUAGUGGAUGGAAAAGUGGUAGGCAGUAAAGAAAUUAUAGAUUAUUUCAAUGAUGGAGAAUCUAUAGAAGAAUCUAAUGAGCCAGACACAAAUCAAAAUUUAUUAAAAGCGUCAUUGUAUAUGGAUUAUACACCGGAACAAUCGAAAUACUCAGACAAAGUCAGCUCAUCCACCAUUCCGGAAAAUUCAAUCCACACUAUAAGCCGUAAAAAAGUAUUAUCAACCUCGCAUACAAUUGCAAUAACAACAACCACUCCUAAGAUAAUAAAAGAUAAAAUUUCAGACAGAUCAUCAUAUACAAUUGCAACAUUAUCAGAAAAAGUCUCAGAUUCAUCUGAAAUAAUGCAUACAAGGGCUUCGAUAAGUUCACAACGUACAGAAAGUUCGCGAAAUUCUAAUUAUUCUGAUUCUAACUAUGAAGAAAGCAAACAGCAAGGCGAACCAUGGAGCAACAUCGAAAAUACUCGAACUAAGAGAACAGGAAGACGUGAGAAUUCCUUCUUCUCAGGAGAAAAAUCUACUCUUACCAGCUCUGAUGAAAGCACUGAAAAUAGUGCCUCAAUUAGUAACACAGAAAGUACUCCAUCAAAUUACGCUAAAAAUACUGGAUACACUUCCACCUCUAAGGAAAACAAUGAACAGGACUCUACCUGGGGCUACCUUGACAGUAAUCCAAAUGAAAGUACAGGUAGUGGUGACUCGUCCACUUACUCAGAAGAAAAUUCUAUUCCAAACAGCUCUAAUGAAAGCAAUGAAAACGGUGCAGAAAAUAUUGGCCAUCCCUCCAACUCUGAGAAAAGCAAUGAACAAGACUCUACCUGGGGUGACACCGAAAGUACUCCAAGUGAAGGGACAGGAAGUAGAGACUCGUCCACUUACUCAGAAGAAAAUGCUACUCCAACAAGCUCUGAUGAAAGCAAUGAACCCGGUGUAGAAAAUACAGUUUAUCCUUCCACCUCUGAAAAAAGCAAUGAAAAAGACUCUACCUGGGGCUACACCGACAGUGCUCCAAAUGAAAGUACAGGAAGUGGUGACUCGUCCACUUACUCAGAGGAAAAUUCUACUCCAACCAGCUCUGAUAAAAGCACUGAAAACGGAGCUCCAGUCAGUAACACAGAUAGUACUCCAUUAAACUAUGCUGAAAAUACUGGCUAUCCUUCCACCUCAGAGGAAAACAAUGAACAAGGCUCUACCGGGGGCUACAUUGACAGUAACCCAAAUGAAAGUACGGGUAGUGGUGACUCGUCCACUUACUCAGAAGAAAAUUCUACUCCAACCAGCUCUGAUAAAAGCAACGAAAACGGUGCAGAAAAUACUGAUUUUCCUUCCACCUCAGAGAAAAGCAAUGAACAAGACACCACCUGGGGCUACACAGAUAGUAGUCCUAAUGAAAGUACAGGAAAUGGUGAAUCGUCCUCUUACUCAGAAGAAAAUUCUACUCCAACCAGCUCUGAUGAAAGCACUGAAAACGGUGCCCCAAUUAGUAACACAGGUAGAACUUCAUUAAGCUAUGCUGAAAAUACUGGUUAUAUUUCCACCUCAGAGGAAAACAAUGAACAAGACUCUACCUGGGGCUACCUUGACAGUAAACCAAGUGAAAGUACAGGUAGUGGCGACUCGUCCAUUUACUCAGAAGAAAAUUCUACUCACACCAGCUCUAAUGAAAGCAAAGAAAACGGAGCAGAAAAUACUGGUUAUACUUCCUCCUCUGAGACGAGCAAUGAACAAGAAUCUACCUGGGGCGACACCGAUAGUACUCCAAAUGAAACUACAGGAAGUGGUGACUCAUCCACCCACUCUUUAGAAAAUUCCACUCCUACUAGCUCUGAUGAAAGCACUGAAAACGUUGUAGAAAAUACGGGUUACUCCUCCAACUUUGAGAAAAGCAAUGAAAAAGACUUUGCCUGGGGCUACACCGAUAGCUCUCCAAAUGAAAGUACAGGAAGUGGUGACUCGUCCACUUACUCUGAAGAAAAUUCUACUCCUACCAGCUUUGAUGAAAGCACUGAAAACGGAGCCCCUAUUAGUAACACAGAUAGUACUCCAUUAAACGAUGGUGAAAAUACUGGUUAUCCUUCCAACUCAGAGGAAAACAAUGAACAAGACUCCACAUGGGGCUACACCGACAGUUCACCAAAUGAAAGUACAGGAAAUGGUGAAUCGCCCUCUUACUCAGAAGAAAAUUCAACUCCAAAUAGCUCUAAUGAAAGCAAAGAAAACGGUGCAGAAAAUACAGGUUAUCCUUCUACCAAUGAGACGCGCAAUGAACAAGAAUCUACCUGGGGCGACACCGAUAGUACUCCAACUGAAAGUACAGGAAGUGGUGACUUGUCCACCUACUCAGAAGAAAAUUUUACUCCAACCAGCUCUAAUGAAAGCACUGAAAAUGGAGCUCCAGUCAGUAACACAGAUAGUACUCCAUUAAACUAUGCUGAAAAUACUAGCUAUCCUUCCACCUCAGAGGAAAGCAAUGAACAAGGCUCUACCGGGGGCUACAUUGACAGUAACCCAAAUGAAAGUACGGGUAGUGGUGACUCGUCCACUUACUCAGAAGAAAAUUCUACUCACACCAGCUCUAAUGAGAGCAAAGAAAACGGUGCUGAAAAUACUGGUUAUCCUUCCAGCUCUGAGACGAGCAAUGAACAAGAAUCUACCUGGGCCGACACCGAUAGUACUCAAAAUAAAACUACAGGAAGUGGUGACUCGUCCACCUACUCAGAAGAAAAUUUUACUCAAACCAGUAAUGAUGAAAGCACUGAAAACGGUGCAGAAAAUACUGUUUAUCCUUCCACCUCUGAGAAAAGCAAUGAAAAAAACUCAACCAGGGGCAACGCCGAUAGUACUCCAAAUGAAAGAACAGGAACUGGUGAAUCGUCCGCUUACUCAGAACUAAAUUCUACUCCAACCAGUCCUGAUGAAAGCACUGAAAACCGUGCAGAAACUACUGGUUAUCCUUCCACCUCUGAGAAGAGCAAUGAAAAAGACUCUACUUGGGACUAUACCGAUAGUACUUCAAUUGAAAGUACAGGAAGUGGUGACUCGUCCACUUACUCUGAAGAAAAUUCUACUCCUACCAGCUUUGAUGAAAGCACUGAAAACGGUGCCCCUAUUAGUAACACAGACAGUACUCCAUUAAAUUAUGCAGAAAAUACUGGUCAUCCUUCCACUUCAGAGGAAAACAAUGAACAAGACUCUGCUUUUGGCUACCUUGACAGUAACCCAAAUGAAAGUACAGAUACUGGUGACUCGUCCACUUACUCAGAACAAAAUUCUACUCCUACAAGCUCUGAUGAAAGCAAUGAACGCGGUGCAGAAAAUACUGGCUAUCCUUCCGCCUCUGAGAAAAGUAAUGAACAAAUCUCACUCUGGGGUGACACCGACAGUACUCCAAGUGAAAGUACAGGAAGUGGUGACUCGUCCGUUCACUCAGAAGAAAAUUUUACUCCAACAAGCUCUGAUGGAAGCAAUGAACCCGGUGCUGAAAAUACUGGUUAUCCUUCCACCUCAAAGGAAAACAAUGAACUAGACGCCACCUGGGGCUACCUUGACAGUACUCCAAAUGAAAGAACUGAUAGUGGUGACUCGUCCACUUACUCACAAGAAACUUCUGCUCCAACCAGCUCUAUUGAAAGCAAUGAAGGUGGUGCUGAAAAUACUGGUCAUCCUUCCACCUCUGAGAAAAGCAAUGAACAAGACUCUUCCUGGAGAGACAAUGAUAAUACUCCAAGUGAAAGUACAGGAAGUGGUGACUCGUCCGUUUACUCAGAAGAAAAUUCUACUCCAACAAGCUCUGAUGAAAGCAAUGAAACCAGUGCUGAAAAUACUGGUUAUUCUUCCACCUCAGAGGAAAACAAUGAACUAGACGCCACAUGGGGCUACCUUGACAGUACUCCAAAUGAAAGUACAGAUAGUGGUGACUCGUCCACUUACUCAGAAGAAAAUUCUGCUCCAACCAGCUCUAUUGAAAGCAUUGAAAAUGGUGCAGAAAAAACUGGUUAUCCUUCCACAUCUGAGAAAAGAAAUGAACAAGACUCUACCUGGGGCGACACUGAUAGUACUCCAAAUGAAAGUACAGAUAGUGGUGACUCGUCCACUUACUCAGAUAAAAAUUCUACUCCAGCCAGCGCUGAUGAAAGCACCGAAAACGGUGGCUCUAUUAGUAGCACAUAUAGUACUCCAGUAAAUUAUGCUGAAAAUAUUGGUUAUCCAUCCUCCUCAGAGGGAAACAAUGAACAAGACUCUUCCUGGGGCUACCUUGACAGUAACCCAAAUGAAAGUACCGGAAGUGGUGACUCGUCCACUUACUCAGAAGAAAAUUCUACUCCUACCAGCUCUGAUGAAAGCAACGAAAAUGGUGUAGAAAAAACUGGUUAUCCUUCCUCCUCUGAGAAAAGCAAUGAACAAGAUUUUACCUGGGGUGACACCGAUUAUACUCCAAGUGAAAUUACAGGAAGUGGUUACUCGUCGAUUUACUCAGAAGAAAAUUCUACUCCAACCAGCUCUGAUGAAAGCACUGAAAACGGUGCAGAAAAUACCGGUUAUCCUUCCACCACUGAGAAAAGCAAUGAACACGACUCUACCUGGGGCGACACCGAUAGUACUUCAAGUGAAGGUACAGGAAGUGGUGACUCGUCCUCUUUCUCAGAACUAAAUUCUACUCCAACCAGCCCUGAUGAAAGCACUGAAAACGGUGCAGAAACUACUGGUUAUCCUUCCACCUCUGAGAAAAGCAAUGAAAAAGACUCUACUUGGGACUAUACCGAUAGUACUUCAAUUGAAAGUACAGAAAGUGGUGACUCGUCCACUUACUCUGAAGAAAAUUCUACUCCCACCAGCUCUGAUGAAGGCACUGAAAACUUUGGCUCCAUUAGUAGCGCAGAUAAUACACCAUUAAAUUAUGCUGAUAAUACUGGUUAUCCUUCCACCUCUGAGGAAAACAAUGAACAAGACUCUACCUGGAACUACCUUGACAGUAACCCAAAUGAAAGUACAGGUAAUGGUGACUCGUCCACUUAUUCAGAAGGAACUGUUACUCCAACCAGCUCUGAUGAAAGCACUGAAAACGGCGCCCCUAUUAGUAACACAGAUAGUACUCCAUUAAACGAUGGUGAAAAUACUGGUUAUCCUUCCACCUCAGAGGAAAACAAUGAACAAGACUCUGCCUGGGGCUACCUCGACAGUAACCCAAAUGAAAGUACAGAUAGUGGUGACUCGUCCAAUUACUCAGAACAAAAUUCUACUCCAACAAGCUCGGAUGAAAGCAAUGAACGCGGUGCAGAAAAUACUGGUUAUCCUUCCACCUCAGAGGAAAACAAUGAUCUAGACGCCACCUGGGGCUACCUCGACAGUACUCCAAAUGAAAGUACAGAUAGUGGUGACUCGUCCACUUACUCAGAACAAAAUUCUACUCCAACAAGCUCGGAUGAAAGCAAUGAACGCGGUGCAGAAAAUACUGGUCAUCCUUCCACCUCUGUGAAAAGCAAUGAACAAGACUCUUCCUGGGGAGACACUGAUAGUUCUCCAAGUGAAAGUACAGGAAGUGGUGACUCGUCCACUUACUCAGAAGGAAAUGUUACUCCAACCAGCUCUGAUGCAAGCGCUGAAAAAGGUGUAGAUAAUGUUGGUUAUCCUUCCAACUCUGAAAAAAGCAAUGAACGAGACUCUACCUGGGGUGACACCGAUGGUACUAAAAGUGAAAGUACGGAAAGUGGUGACUCGUCCACUUACUCUGAAGAAAAUUCUACUCCCACCAGCUCUGAUGAAGGCACUGAAAACGGUGGCUCCAUUAGUAGCGCAAUUAGUACUCCAUUAAAUUAUGCUGAAAAUACUGGUUAUCCUUCCACCUCUGAGGGAAACAAUGAACAAGACUCUACCUGGAUCUACCUUGACAGUCAUCCAAAUGAAAGUACAGGUAGUGGUGACUCGUCCACUUACUCAGAAGAAAAUUCUACUCCUAUCAGUUCUGGUGAAAGCAAUAAAUACGGUUUUCCUUUGAGUUACACGAAUAGUACUCCAGUUAAUAACGCAGGAAGUACCAGUGAUACUUUCAAAUUCGAAGAAAGCCAUGAACAUACCUCUCCCUUGGGCAGUGGUGAUAGUACUCUGGUGGAUACCGAAGCUACUGACUCGUUUCCUAGCAAAUCGAUGUAUUCAGGUUCCUCUUCUGUUAGCCUUUCUAAUACCAGCGGAAUUUCCUCGUCAACUGGAAGUAUGGGAUCAAAGUCUUCAGUGAAGGGAUCAGUUUCUAUUCUGCAUAAAACAACAAUGCCUUAUUUAAGUACUAAACACAAACCAAAAAUUGAAAUCAUUGAAAAUAUUAAUGUUAUCAUAAACGGCCGAAGAGUGGGUAGUGUCCGCGAAGACAAUGAUUAUUCUCCUGACUCAAAAAGCUUCGAGGGGUCUUUGGAAAAAAUUCAAGUUGAUUCUCGCUCACUCGAAUCCAGUUAUCACUCACAGAAUUAUGGCCCUCGGAGUACUACUUCAUCUUCUCAAACAACGAAAACUACAUCGGUUCCCUCUCUCAAUUCGAAGAUAACAACUGUAGACGUGUUUAAUAUUGGAACUGGUUAUAAAGUGUAUAAUAAAAUCUCGAAUCUUUACUUAAAAGAAGGGGAACCUUUUAACUUUCCAGUUACGCCAGGAAAAGCAUUUAGGUCAUAUGAUCUGAAAUUGUCAUCGCCUGCCUAUACGGGUAAUGAAAACCAUAUCAAGUCAUAUUUCACGCCAUCUACUUCAUAUAGAAGUCAAAAAAAUAAAUUACAUUACUAUAGUUCAGAUGAAAAUAAUAGAUCUAAAGAUAAUUAUAUGGAUGAAAUUGAUAAAUUAUUUAAAAGUCUAGGUGAAUCUUGGUCAAAAGCAGACACGAGAAGUUUGAAAACGAACAAAAUGACGAAGUUUUACCAAUCAAACAAAAAGACCCUCGAGCCCAAAAUAAAAAAAGGACGUAAGUCAGGUAUAACUGCUUUGUCAGAACAAAUGACAUUAAAUGAAGAGGAUAAUGUUGCGUUGAAGCGGUUAAUGCCUGACUGGUCUAAAAACAAGAAUAUAAGAAACACAAACAAAAUACAAUUAAAAAAGGAAUAUUCGGGAAGUUCUGUAAAACGUAAAAACUAUGGUGCUUCUUGGAGUUAUACAGAUAGUAUUCCAUAUGAUAAUGACAGAAAUACCCGUUAUCUUUCGGGUGCAGAAAAAUAUUAUUCCCCUUCCCUCUCUGAGGAAAUUAAUGAACAGCACUCAACAUGGAGCAAUGAUAGAAGUACUCAACAUGAGAGUACUGGAAGCGGUGAUUUUUCCUCUAACUCAGAGGAAAUUUCGAUUCCUACCAGCUCUGAUGAAAGCAAUAAGUAUGGAUAUAGAAUGAGUUACACAGGUAAUACUCCUUUUAAUAAUGCAGGAAGUACUAAUUAUAUUUCCGACUCUGAGGACAGCAAUGAGCAAGACUUACAAUGGGACAAUAGUGACAGUGCAUCAAAGGAAAAUGCAGAAAGUGGGGAAAUUCUCUCUAAUUCAGAGAGCUAUUCUACUCUUACUAGCUCUGAUGAAAGCAUUAAAUACGAUGCCUCAAUUAGUUUCACAGAUAGUGCUUCAUUAAAUAGUGCAGGAAAUACCAGUUAUUCCUCCAACUCUGAAGAAAGCAUUGGGCAAGACGAUUCCUGGAGCUACUCCGACAGUACUUCAAAUGAAAAUACAGGAAGUGGUGACUCAACCUCUUACUCAGAAGAAAAUUCUACUCCAACCAGCUCUAAUGAAAGCACUGAACACGGUGCCUCAAUUAGUAACACAGAUAGUGCUCCAUUAAAUUAUGCUGAAAAUAUUGGUUAUCAUUCCAUCUCUGAGGAAAACAAUGAACAAGACUCUACCUGGGGCUAUCUUGACGGUACUCCAAAUGAAACUACAGGUAGUGGUGACUCAUCUACUUACUCAGAAGAAAAUUCUACUCCAACCAGCUUUGAUGAAAGCAAUGAAAACGGUGCAGAAAAUACUGGUUAUCCUUCCACCUCUGAGCAAAGCAAUGAACAAGAAUCUACCUGGAGCUAUACCGACAGUACUUCAAAUGAAGAGGCAGGAAGUGGUGACUCGACCUCUUAUUCAGAAGAAAAUUCUACUCCAACCAGCUCUGAUGAAGGCAAUAAGUAUGGUGUCUCUAAUAAUGACACAGAUAGUACUCCAUUAAAUUAUGCAGAAAAUACAGGUUAUCCUUCAACAUCUGAGGAAAGUAAUGAACAAGACUAUUCCUGGGUUUACACCGACAAUACUUCAAAUGAAAAUACAGGAAGUGGUGACUCGACCUCUUACUUAGAAGAAAAUUCUACUCCAACCAGUUCUGAUGAAAGCAAUGAACGAGACUCUACCUGGGGCUACUCCAAAAAUACUCCUAAUGAAAGUGCAGGAAAUAGUCAGGAUGAUGCAGGUGUAAUCUAUUCUGAAGAUAAUAUGGUAAUGGCACAAGAUCCUGAUUGGAUUCUUGGAAUGUUAAGUACGACUUUGAGUCCAUCGGAGUUUGGCUUACCUUCUACAAAGCCAAGGAAACGUUCAGAAGAGUUCUGGGUUUCAAGGGAAGAUCACAAUUCAAAGUUAAUGAAUUUCUCUCCACAAAAUAUUUUUAGUAGGCCAGACAAAAUUUCCACUGAGAAUAAUUAUCGUAAUACACAUAUAAUUGACAUUAACAGGGCUGGUUUUGAUGAUGAAACAGCUACGUCUGAGGAUGACAUUGGUGGAAUAAAUACUAAAAUGCCGGAUAAUAUGGUUAGAGACAUGCUAAUGGCUCCAGCACCAGAUAGUUUUCUUCCUAAUAGGGAAAAAGUCUCAUCUGAAAAUUUAGAUAAAAAUAAAUUUUAUUUCGGAGAUUAUAACCAGUAUGAUUUAACUGUAUCUAACACUGAGGGUAUACCUUUCAUUGAUGAAAUGAAUGCUGAGUAUACCCCGAAAAAUUAUGUUCCUCACAACUCUGAAAUUAACCAAUAUAAUGCACCAGUAAACAACAUUGGCAGCAGUAAUCCUGAUGGCAGUAAUUUCUUAGAUCUAUCUUCUUUUAAAAACAAAAUUGUGCCGGAAAUGUACAAUGAAAACUAUCCACAAGAUUAUCUUCCAAAUGACUUUUACUAUUAUCCAUAUUACAAUAAUUAUCCAUUCCCGAAACCAUAUUAUUAUCCAGAUUACAGAAACUAUAUACCUAAUUAUUAUGAGAGAUAUUAUUAUCCAGACAAUGAUAAGUAUCCUUUCCCUUAUUACUACUCAAACGGUGAACCAUAUAAUGAAUACUAUAAUUAUAACGCAGAACCAUACAAUAUGAUGUGGGAAAAUUAUGCUAAUAAUCAUAACUCUAAGGACAUUGAAAAUCCAAAAAGUAAGGAUUUUUUAGCUCUUAACCCACUUGGUGAUAAUGAUAAUCCGCAUAACAUAAGUCCAAAAGAAGAUCAACAACACAUGAUAUAUCCAUCGAAAAACACCAAUCCUAAGAAAGAUGUUCCUAACAAGGUUGAUCCAUUGGUAAAAAUGAGUCAAAAGAACAACAAUAGAAACUAUGAUGUUUUUCCUACUAUUGAUGACAAUAGACCACAUGAUUUUAAUUAUUUUCGAAGGCCAAAUCCUUUUUUAGGUAGACCUAAUUAUUUUGAUCCACCGAAUUACAAUUUUUUUACACCUCCACUGAGUGGCAGAUUUAAACAAGAUUUAAACAAGAAUGAAAGAAAUCAAAAUAAUCCUCAAUUAUUUCAUCAUUGGUUAAGGAAUCCUAUGCCUCACGGGCGAAAUUUGCCUACGUUCAAUAGAGAUGGUCAAAAAUAUUUCAAUGAUUUAAAAAAUUCCGAAAAAAUUCCGAACGUUUUUGAAUCACCCGAUAAUGAUCCCAAGAUGAUUGAUCCUCACCAAUAUAAUGUUCCUAUUUUAACGAAGAAUAAUUAGAUGGAAAAAAAUCCAUAUACAAGGUGUCCUUCUGGUGAGUGAACGGAAUAAAAUGUUGUAAAUCAGUAUUACGAUCGACGCACUCAAGAAUGGUGUUAAAAACGAUUGCGUAGCUUUUCGGUUACAAGUUUCAAAGAAAAAAAAUUGGAAAUUUUGAAAUUACAUUAACAAUUUUUAAUCGUAUCGUGAUCCUUACAGAAAAAGGAAUUAGAAUGAUAUUUUUAUCACGAGAAUUAGCGAUUCUAGGUCCUUGCCAGUCAAUGCAAUUUUUCACGACCAUUAACGAGAGAAGAGUGUGAUAAAAAUAUUUAAAAACAAAGAGGAAAAUUCAAAGGAAGCAUUUUAUAUUUUACAAAUUUUUGACCCUUAAUAUCCGUAUUUUUUACUUUGUGUUUAAAGGUUUUUAUACACAUACUUUCUUGUUAGUGGUCACAAAAAUGGCAUCAAUUGACAAAAGCCUAGUGUGGUAAUUUCUUGUUGUUAAAAAAAAGCACCGACUUCGUUUUAUUUAUUUUCGUAUCGUAAGGAUAACGCUUCGAUCAAAAUGAGUGGGUGUGGCUAGUUGAGAAGUUUGAAAUUUUUUAACUGUAAUCCUGAGAGCUGCGCGAUCGCUUAGAGCAUCAAUCUUCAGGAAUUAGAUCAUAAUACUUGCGUACACAAUUUUAUUCUGUUCAUUCAAGCUGUAUACUCUCUAGAGGGUCAUAUGUUGGCAAAAUUAAUAUUACAUAGCCGUAUAAUAAAUAUAUCAGAAGUAAUCACUCUAAUUCUGACGAUAAAGAACCGAAAAAAGAACAACAAUAAAAUUUCACCUGAUAAAUAUGAUGAAUCUGAUUUUUCCUCAGAAAAUGAACUACCUCCAGAAAUGCAUGAUAUUAGCGCUUGGUUUCCUUAAAAAAACAGUGAUGACUUACUAAAAACUCAGGAAAAUUUUUGAACAAUUCAAAUGAUGUAUUUAAAGUAAAGGAUUUGGAUAAAAUUUCCUGAAUAAUGAAGGAAAAAUUCUUAUGACCCUGAUAGUGCGAAUUUCUAAUGACCCUAGAAGUGUUACUGUUUGAUACAAAGGGUUGGCUUUAAUCAGAGUGUUUUUAGUGUCAGGAAUGAAAUAUAUAAAAUUUUCCAACAAUGGACCUGAUAAGAACAUCAUCAAUUUCUAUAAAAACUUUAGCCCAGAAUAUUUAGAUUAAAAAUGUUAAACAAUUUUAUGCAAUAUUGUAGAUUAUAUGCUCAGUGAAUGUUACAGUAUAAUUAUUAAAUUGUUUUUUUUUUUUACUAAUAUCAAUCAUUUCUGUAUCAAUAAUAAUUGGUAUAAAAUUAUAAUUUACAAUGCUGAAAAAUUUUAAUGCAUAUUUAUCAAUAUAUUUUACAAAGAUAUGUUUUUGUAGAAUGUAUUAUACUAUUUCUUAAACAAUGUUCAAAAGUGAAUAAAAUCAUUUAUAUUAAAUACAUAA